UGUUCGCGCGCUCAUAACUAGCAGACAUUUAAAAAAGUGCAGCGGGAACGUAUUAUAAGCCAGAUGAGGUUUCCCACCGGAAGCUUUAGAUAGCCGACACAUACUCGCGAGAGCACGUCGGUACUGGGAGUGAAACACCGUUCACGCUCACGCGCCAGCAUGAGUGACUGGAAUCCAGUUGCGAAGAUAUACGACCCCCUAAAAGCAGGAAGUAUUGAUGGCACUGAUUUUGAACCUCAUGACCGCGCUAUUUGGAGGGCAAUGGUUGCCCGGUAUAUUCCCAACAAAGGCGUGAUUGGAGACCCCCAUCUGACAUUGUUUGUCGCCCGCCUCAAUCCAAAGACAACAGAAGAGAAACUGCUGGAGGUUUUUUCUAAGUAUGGGGAGAUCCGAAGGUUGCGACUGGUAAAAGACAUUGUGACUGGCUUCUCCAAGGGUUAUGCUUUUCUUGAGUAUAAAGAGGAGCGCUCUGUUGUAAGAGCACGCCGGGAGGCCAACAAGCUGGUGGUAGAUCAACACGAGGUCUUUGUGGAUUUUGAACAAGAACGGACCCUAGAGGGCUGGAUUCCGAGACGUAAGGGUGGGGGACAGGGGGGGAAGAAGGAGUCCGGUCAGUUACGAUUUGGUGGGAGAGACAGACCUUUCCGAAAGCCUAUCAAUCUUCCCAGUGUGACAAAUGACCCAGGGUUGCUUCAAAGGCGACCAGGGAAUUACAGAUGGGAGAGACCUGGGCUGAGGGAAGAAAGAUGUAAAGAAAGAGACCAAUCCCCCAGCAAAGAUGUAGACUAUGAGUGGGGAAGAGACCGAAGAGAAAAUGACAGAGGAAGAGAAAGUAGUUGGUGUCAAAAAAAGAGAACAAACAUUGAUCAGGAGAGCACCAGAAAUGAUAAAGUUUCAAGAAGGAAUGAGAGUAGAUACUGGGAUAAGGACAGACAAAAAGACAGGAGAUGAUUUGUUUUAGGUAAGCCCUUCAGAGCAUAAUUUGGUCAGUCUCAGCUGAACUUCCAUUGAUGAUUGAUAUUGUAAAACAAUUUUCCUUAGCUUUGAUAAUCAAAUGCCUUGACAGUUGCAAAGUAAAUACUUUUUGAAUUCUUUUUCUUAAUGCAGUACUCAGUAAAAACUAAUAGUAAUACAAAGAAAAACAGUAUGAUAGCAGUCUAAUGAUUAUCACAUAAAAUGUUUAUGGUCCCCUCAUCAAGGUCGAAGUUGUAAGUAAUGGAUAAUAUAUUGUACCAAUAUUCACUUUUAAUAUUCACAACAUCUAAAACGACUGGAUAGAUCACCAGGAAAUGUUAAUAAAUGUGUUUUUACCUGAA